ACAAUGCUACCAUCAAUGCCUGUUUUUUGUAGCUCGUAUUCGCUUCAAAGAGGCCAAAGUUUACACUUUACCACAAUUCAACACGUCCGAAAAGGAGUACACGAAUAACGAAAUGUGAUCACCGUUGUAAAGUUAACAGUUUUCACUUAUGAACGGCAUCGUGACUAAUUGAGGUAAGGCGAAGGCGGCUUUUACGGGCAGCACUUGAAGGCAGCACCGCUGUGAUUCAGUCAUUGAGAGCUUGAACGUCUCUCCGCCAAUGGCUCGCCGCUACAUGUUUUUUCUUCCUCGCCUCCGCCCCCCCCUUUUUUCUUUCGACAUGCUCUCGGUGUCUGACUAGCUCAAGUGUUGAAGUAGUCGGUGAAAGGAUGCCGAUGAAGCGGGCAAGUGAUGAGCCAGGAUGCUGAGGCUUUGUUGGGAGGAAGACGAGGCUUUUGUCUCAUCCCUUGCUGCUUUGUCUUCUCUUGGUCCUCCGAUAAGCACUGUGACAGACAGUGUGGCGUGUCAGUGCUGGCCUGCGACCAGCAGCGGCAGCAGAGGUGGACCGGGACCAUGAGUCUGUACGGCGAAGCCCGAGCAGGGAGUGAUUAUGGCGGGGAGCAGCGGAGGCACUCUGGCGACCGCUCGCGAGACUCGUCCAGCGACCGAGGAGAAAGUCAGCUGACCCCCUGCAUUAGGAAUGUCACAUCCCCCACCCGGCAGCACGCCCGUGAACGUGGUGAUGGUGGCUCAUCCUCCAGAUCCUCCAGUCCACGUCCCCCGAGGGUUUCUCUUUCAUGUUCAAAUGUUGGAGGGGCUGCUGCAGGGGGCCUCCACCCCAAGACGCUCGGCCAGGGACCCAGUGACAUGAUCUUUGUGUAUGACCUCGGAAGUAAAGAGGGUCAUCGUGGUGGACAGCGCGUGGGAGAGCGGGUGACGCUCAUUGUGGACAAUACAAGAUUUGUGGUGGAUCCUGCCAUCUUUACAGCCCAACCCAACACCAUGCUGGGCAGGAUGUUUGGCUCGGGGCGGGACAACAAUUUCACAAGGCCCAAUGAAAAAGGAGAGUUUGACGUGGCUGAUGGCAUCAGCUCCACGGUCUUCAGAGCCAUUCUGGAUUACUACAAAUCAGGGAUAAUCCGCUGCCCUGACGGCGUUUCCAUUCCUGAGCUGAGGGAGUCAUGUGACUAUCUGUGUAUCUCCUUCGACUACAGCACCAUCAAGUGCAGAGACCUCAGCGCCCUGAUGCACGAGCUGUCCAACGACGGGGCCCGCCGUCAGUUUGAGCGCUACCUGGAGGAGAUGGUGCUGCCGCUGAUGGUGGCGAGCGCGCAGAGCGGGGAGAGGGAGUGCCAUGUGGUGGUGCUCACCGACGACGACGUGGUGGACUGGGACGAGGAGUACCCCCCACAGAUGGGAGAGGAAUAUUCACAAAUCAUCUACAGCACCAAACUCUACCGCUUCUUCAAAUACAUCGAGAACAGAGACGUGGCCAAGUCAGUCCUCAAGGACCGGGGACUGAAGAAGAUCCGACUGGGCAUAGAAGGCUACCCCACAUAUAAAGAGAAGGUGAAGCGGCGGCCCGGAGGUCGCCCGGAGGUCAUCUACAACUACGUCCAGCGUCCUUUCAUCCGCAUGUCCUGGGAGAAGGAGGAGGGCAAAAGCCGCCACGUGGACUUCCAGUGCGUCAAGUCCAAGUCCACCACCAACCUGGCCGCCGCCGCCGCAGACAUUCCCCAGGACCAGCUGGUGGUUCUGCAGCCGCCGGGCCCGCGGGUAGACGAGCUGGACACGCCCCCUCAGCAGGGGUCGGGUCAGAUGGCAGAGGGUGUGGCCUCCCGGCAGCUUCAGCAGGGUCCGAAUUCCGUUGCUCCUCAGCUUGUUCAGGAGAUCCAGCACACCCAGGCACUUUACCACUACCAGCCGCACUCAGACCCCCCGGGGUCCCCGUCUGCGUGACGCAACUUGGAGCACACUGGCUGACGUUUGGCCUUCAGCACAAAGCAACUCACCUCACCUUCUUCAUGUGGAAAAACACCGCUUGGUCUUUUUAUUUCUCAGUGUGUGAAAUCCAACGUCAUCACCAUAUUAAGUUGGACCACCAGGCGUCGCUGAUUCCCCACAUAACGUGUACACAUCCAGCCAAUCAAGUAUCGCACAAAUUGUCAGUUGUGGUUCAAAAUGACAAUAUCGAACACAUAUGGAAGGAAAUUAAUCAGCGCUGCAAGAACAUGUCAGCUUUUCUUUUUUAUUUAAAUAAAAAUCUAAACAAUCUUUACAGCAUUUUUUCAUGAAUUUCCACUUGAGCGUUCUCCCCCGCCUAGCGGUGGAUGCUGGUAUAACCGAAAGUGAGGCGAAACAUGUAUGACGUAGACGCCAUAUCGAGCACCGAAACAGAAGUCGACGCCAUAUAGGAUGCGGCAUCCAGGCCUUUAAAAGGAGACAGAAAAUAGAACGAAAGUGAAGGGAACCAUGUAUGAUAUAGACGCUACACUGAAUUAUACGUCGACGUUGCCGCCGUAUUGGAUGUGGUGGCAUCAUACGUCGCCGCCAUAUUGGAUGCGACGGGGCUUCUGAUUCAGUAUUGGGCCAUUACAACUCAAUACUAAUAAUUUCAAUGAUUUUACAAACAGAAUUUGCUGACUUUGUGGCAAGUACUCUGAAGUCCCGCGCUUAACGCCAUUGGUUCCUGUGCUGAAACCAGCCUCCAAACAAUGAAGAAGGGCACGUUGUUACGCUCCACGGUCCAUUUUCAUGAGCAGAUCUGCCACAUCCAAUAUGUCGGACACGAGUAAAAAAAAAAAAAUUCUGUCGCCAAGAUGGGGAGGGACUAACUGAAGUGGUUGCAAUUCACCAUCUGAAGUAGUGAUUUGCGAUAUGCUUAUUUCGUUUCCGAUCCGAUAC